AUGGCUAUAGCGGCAGUUACCGAGGCGGAAACCCGGCUGUGUGGCAACUGCAAAAAGGAUAUUCCUGUUGCUAAUUUCAUCAUGCAUGAAAUCCACUGUAGGAGAAAUAUUGAAGUAUGCCGCUACUGCAGUGAAUUAAUCCCAAAGACUGAAAUGAAGAACCAUUUUGAGUCUGAACACGUGCAGGUUACCUGCAAGUGUAGGAUGAAGAUAGAAAAAUGUCUCUUGAAGGAUCAUGAGGCAUCGGCGUGCCCUCUGCGUCCCGCCGUCUGCCAGUACUGUGACUUACAGCUCACUUUCAACAAGCUCCAGGACCAUGAAAUUUACUGCGGAGCUAGGACCGAGAGAUGUGGUGGGUGCGGUCGUAACAUCAUGGUGAAAGAUCUAAAAGAGCAUCCUCCAGUCUGUGGGCAAGAAGUGAAACAAGUAAGAGGAAGCAGAACAGUGCCUCGCUUUGAGGAUGAGGAUGCAGAUUUGCACGCCCUUCGAGACAUUAGAAACCGACUGAGAUCAGGUAACUAUGCCGGGCCUUUGUGGAGAAUGCCCCUGGUGCUAGAAAAGCAGAUUUAGAGCAGCUGUGUAGGAGACAAAACACUUAAGGACAUUAGCAGAAGAAAUGUUGCAGCAGCACAAAGAAAUCAAAAUGAAGAGGAUGAACUGGAGCAGCUGGAGAGAAAAGAAGACACUCGUUCUUCACUUUAUGAAGAGUGGAAUGCCGAUUUAGACUACGUGUUGGCUCUUAGCCUACAAAAUGAGAAUAAUCCUCACAGUAAUACUGCAGCUGAAAUUCCCGGUGACUUCUGGGAAAACUACUAUGCCAAAGAGUCUCUGCCAUUGGCCCGUCUUAAUGAAACAGACAAGUCAAAUCUCUUCUCCUGUGACUCUUUGCUGUCUUUUAGCACAUCAAACCACGUAAAAAAUGAUGAGAUCAUCAUGUUGCCAUGUGAAUUUUGUGAGGACCUCUACCCUGCCGAAGACCUGAUUCUUCAUCAGCACCAUUGCGAUCUGCGCCCAGCCAGCCCAGCGGCCAGCUUUCCGUCUCAGCAGCUGCUGUCUCCUCAAGGCGACAGAGAGAGAAGAGAAUCACCAGAGCUGGCUCGGAGACGAAUCAGGCAUCAAGGAGACGUUUCUCCUUGGUGCACAGAAGGCUUGGGGCAGCAGAGGCUCAGCUAUCCUGCGCGAGGGACCAAGUCACUGAAGGAGACGGCCAACGCCGGGAAGGCACCAUUGCCCUCUGUGGCGAGAGCUGGCGGUGCUCCCGACGCGAGAGGGAAGCCCGGGAAGGUGGCUGGCAGCGAGGGAAGACCGAAGAACAGAGGUGCAAGUGAAUCUGCAGGUGGGACGACGCCACGGGCGAGACCUAUUCAGAACUUUCAUUCCGAAGCCGUCACACCCAGCUUCUCGAGAACUUCUCCAACCCAGCCAAGCCGCACCAGCAAUGGGGGAGGAAGGCGCCUCGGGAUGUCGGAUGGCCCCGUCGGCUUCAGGCGCAGGAACGCAAAGGCAAAAGCCCAGAGCCCAGCAUCUGCUCAGCCAGAGAAGUGA